AUGAUUCUCCUCCUUCUUGGUGUGCUGCUGGUGCCCUCUACUGAGGGCCAUGCUCUGGAUACACCACACCUUCCUCGGGAGCUGCCUCCAGGACUCUCAAAACACAUCAACGUCACAUUCUUCAAUGGGGUAUUUAAAAACGUGGAAGGUGUGGCUGAAAUUUUUGACUGCCUGGGAUCCCACUUCACCUGGCUUCAGGCUGUCUUCACCAACUUCCCUGCACUCCUCCAGUUCAUGAACGGCAUGAAGUGCGUGGCUGGCCUCUGCCCCCGGGACUUUGAAGACUAUGGUUGCGCCUGUAGAUUUGAGAUGGAAGGGCUGCCUAUGGAUGAGCCUGACAGCUGCUGCUUCCAGCACCGCAGGUGCUAUGAAGAGGCGGCUGAGAUGGACUGCCUGCAAGACCCCAGCAAGCUCAGUACAGAUGUGGACUGCAUCAGCAAGAAGAUCACGUGUGAGUUCAAGGACCCUUGUGAGCAUUUGCUGUGUACCUGUGACAAGACUGCCAUAGAGUGCUUGGCUCAGUCUGGCAUCAACUCUUCCAUGAACCUUCUGGAUUCUUCCUUUUGCCUGCCUCAGACUCCAGAGACAACCAGCAGAAAGGAGCUGCCCAGAGAGUUUCCUGUGGAGCCCACAGAUAUCAGCCUGACAGCUCUCUCAGGAGAAGAAUCUGCAGAGAUUUUUGCUACAGUAAAGAACAUAGCUCUCAGUUCUGCUGGUGCUCGAUCUGCGGGGUUGGUGAUGUCAUCUGUUGAAAGUAGCCCUGAGGAGACCACUGGAAAAGCCUGUGACAGACUCACCUUCCUGCAUCUGGGAAGUGGGCAGAACACAUUGGCAAUGCCACAGCUUGGAGAGAUGCUUUUUUGCCUGACGUCCCGGUGCCCAGAGGAAUUUGAGUCUUAUGGCUGUUACUGUGGACAAGAAGGAAGAGGCGAGCCCAGGGAUGCUCUGGACAGGUGCUGUUUAUCCCAUCACUGCUGCCUGGAGCAGAUGAGGAGGCUGGGCUGCCUGCCGGAGAGGCUCUCCCAGUCAGUGGUGAUGUGCAUGGAUCACAUCCCCAAGUGUGCUGGACACAGUCUGUGCCAGAAGCUGCUGUGCGCCUGUGACCAGGUGGCUGCUGAGUGCAUGGCCUCUGCCUCCUUUAACCAAAGCCUCAAAUCGACAGACAGGCAAGAAUGCCAGGGCAUGCCGGUGUCCUGUGAUAGCAUGCAAGGAGGGCCUGCAGCCUCAUCCCUGGGCUCCAGCUCUGAAGAGAACAGCGAGGAGGCCACAUCCCAUAAGGAGGGCCCAAGAAGAGCCAGAAGAUUCCUGAGGAAGUCCCUUGGUCCUCUGGUGACUCCAUGA